CCCAUGCUGCCCCAGUGCCACUUGUUAUUGUGACUGAGCCACCGGUCGGUGCGGGAUGGAUGCGGCUUUCCGCUUUUCGCUGCUCGAUCUAUGCAUUUACUCCCUAGUAAAGUCACUUUCUCGGUAUGCUGCUGAUCUACAAUCGUUACCACCAAACCUGAAAGACAAAUUAAUCAAAAUCAUGAGUGCUCAUGGGACUAUUACAGACGAGAACAUGCAUCAGGUGUUGCAUCCAGGACUCCAGAAAUUGGAUCUCAGCGCCUGUGACAUUACAGAUCAUGGGUUAAUCAUGCUUCAGAUUUGCACCCAACUCAGGGAAAUCAACUUGAAUUCCAGCGACUACAAGCUUUCUAUUACCUCUGAAGGGUUAAAGGUUAUUGCUUCAUCUUGUCCCUACUUGUCGGAAGUGUGUCUCAGAAGAUGCCGGAAUGUUUCGGAUGAAGGAAUUGUAGCCCUUGCACAACAAUGUAGAUUGCUACAAGUAGUGAACAUUAGUGGCUGCUUAGGUGUUACAGAUGCCAGUUUACAAGCACUGGGGAAGAACUGCAAGUUUUUGUAUAGUGUCGAUUUUUCAGCUACCAAGGUUUCUGAUGCUGGCGUUAUUGGAUUGGUGAACGGAGUGUGUUCCCAUAAAUUAAAAGAGAUUCAUAUGGAUCGCUGUGUGAACUUAACUGAUGAAGCAGUGGAAAGUGUGCUCAUUUUCUGCCCCCACGUCUUCAUUCUACUUUUUCAUGGCUGCCCACUUAUCACAGAUCGUUCAAGAGAAGCUCUGCAACAGUUAGCCUGCCCCAACCAAAUGAAACAAGUAACGUGGACCGUUUACUGAAUUUACUUUUUUCCACCAUUUAAUAUUUGUUAAUUAACAACCAGUGUUCUGUAAUUUCCAUACAUUAGCAACAGCUGUUCUGAGAAUUCUGCAGUGAAAUAUAUGUGACCAGGUAAUUAUCGAUUAAAUGUUUACUUUGAUUCAAUCUAAUUAUUGAGUACAUUAUAGAAGUUUUGUAUAUAUGCAAUGUAGCACAUGGUGAUGUAUGAUAUAUUAGUGCCAUCCCCAUUAUGUUUUGCUGUGAUGUACAAAUAAAUAUUGGUACAAAUGA